ACGGGGGUAAUCGGGAAGGUGCUGGAGACGUCUGUCUUUGACGACCUGCUUUUUGGGGCAGACAAGACGCAGAAGGACAUGCUGGAAGCUCAAGACAAGUGCACCCUCGAACUGGAAGGUACGUGGUUCCCCUGGUGGAUUAUGGACGCUGAACUCACUCGAUGCAGGUUAUCAACGCACCCAACUGCGGUCUCAUUGCGUUCGCACCAUGCUCAGGGAUGACGCCUUGACACCCGAGUUCUGGCCUUGCGUCGACCAGCUCGCAAUGCAGUUGAUGGUGCUGCUCCUGCCCCUUAUUCGCCUGAUGGACAAGUACUUCCCAGCCAGCCAGGCAAAACCAAUGCGGGACAUCUAUCAAGCCCUACACGCGAUUGUUGCCGAAGCGGCCUACUUGUCCAUCGGCAUCCGCUGGUCACGCAACAUCUUCCGCUUCUCCUUGCCAUACCCUGGAGAGCCGUGGGAUAUGGACCAAGAACAAGUCGACAAUGCCGUCUACAACGCCUCCGAGGCCGCCAGGGACAAGGCCGAUAAGAUCGACGAGGAGCUAUGGAAAGCAAAGCGAGAACCUCCACGGCAGCCGGGAGCAGUGGCGGGCUCCAAUAUUCCCAUAAUCGGGGGCCGAGCGGGGAUGAUGAUCGCCGCCGUGAGGAACCGUCUCGAAGCGGUCAUGAGGCGCGUCAUAGGCCAGGGCCACGAAGAGGGCGUCAACGAUGAAGAAGACGCCGCACACUUCCGGCCGUCGUCCCGCCUGGCCAAGGUGCAAAUCAUCCUGUGGCCAAUGCUCCAGCGCUUCGCGGCAGUCGGUGAGAUCGACCCAAAAACCGGCGCUGCCAACGGGGAGAACGUCACUACGAUCUUCAAAUCCCAGGUAGUAUACUACUGCGGUUGGGCGGACGAGAGCGGCGGGAGCCAGAGUGAGCACUACCCGACUCUGGCCGACUGGGUGCACGAGAGCAAGCGAGAACGCAUGUGGAAAUCCCUGAUGCGGUUGCGUUGGAUAGCGUAUGCCGCUGCGGUUUGGCUGCUCCUCGGCUUCCUAUCACGGUACAUCUCCGUUGUGGAUGACAUCUUGCAGAUCGUCAGGCACGGGCUGGUAGGGCUGGCCAAGUACGUCGCGCGGGAAGCACUCCUGUUCGUCAUGGAGGUGUUGAUCACCGUCAUCGCGAUUGCCAUUGGCAUCGCCAAGAUCGUCAUGUUUUUGGCCUAUGCCGUGAGGAACACACUUGGUCAUCUGCUUGCACUGGCGGCUCGGUUGCUUUGGGGCGCUGUCGGCAGUAUCGGAGGGGCGGCUGAGACGGCUGGCGUCGACCGAGCCGCUGGCUGGUAUGAUCCGGCAUUCUCGUUGCCUGAACUCAGCUGGCAGUCGAUGAGAGGCAUGGCCAAGGCAGUUGCUGGAGAGGUGGUGUGGAAGACAGUAACCGUCCAGGUUCCGGCGGGGUAUACCAGGACAGGGUAGUUGAACUCAGGUAGGAAGCGAUUGCGAGUUUCAUGACUUUCAU